AUGACUACGGCUGCGAAGCAGAGGAGGUGGACCAUGCAGGGGUUGCUGCGACUCAAAGCUCCGAAGGUGUUGGCGGUUCUGGUGGGAUUGGUCUUCUCGCUGCCGGGACUGCAGUGGAAGACGGUGGACCAUGCUGAGUUCUUUUCGGGCAAAAUGCAGGUCACUCUGCAAGACAUGAAGGAGGGGAUGGAAUAUUCAAGAGAUGUGCUUGUGAUGAAGCUGCACACUUGCACCGGUAUGUUCUUCAUUUGUGUGGAUGAGCCUCGAAACCGCAUGGCAAGCCGGGUGGUUUUGCUGAUCUUACUUUGUGCUGCCCGGGGCAUCAAUUGGGCGCUGGAGCAGCCACAAGGAUCUGUUCUAGAAGCCCAUCCCAGUAUGCAAUAUCUUUUCCGGGUGGUGAGAACCUUUCGGAAGAGUGUCCGCAUGGGUGACUUUGGGGCCGAUAGCCAGAAGAGCACCUGGUUGUACUCAGGCUGGGCUUUGCCAAUGGUGUUCAAAUACAUUGAUGGUAAAGGCGUGUCUCGCGUGGCUGGAGCUAGUGGGCUGAAGCUUUCGCAAGCCUAUACACCACAGUUUGGGCGUGCGCUCGCGCGGCUGAGAAGAAGGCGUGAAGCACCAGUUCGCAAGCAGGCCCAGCAGAUCCUGCAAGAGUCUGCUGCUUUGGCUGAUGACGCCGACCACCCAAAGCUCACCCACCACAUGAAGAAAUGGCUGGACAGCGCUGACUUGGAACCUGUUUUCCAAUACCUCACUAGCUGA